UCUUUAUCCCAUAUAAGUCGCUGACCUUUCUUCUCCGUCCAUCACUCUCUUUAUUAUCUCCCUCCCCUCUCUCUCUCUCUCUAGGCUUCUCUACUCUCUUGAACUAUAAGUAGCAAAAGCCACAAUCUUCUUAGCUGAUCUUUGUUGCAGAUGGGUCGAUCACCGUGUUGUGAUAAGGUUGGUUUGAAGAAAGGGCCGUGGACACCGGAAGAAGAUCAGAAACUGUUAGCUUACAUCGAAGAACAUGGCCAUGGAAGUUGGCGAGCUUUGCCUGUAAAAGCUGGACUUCAGAGAUGUGGCAAGAGUUGCAGACUAAGGUGGACUAAUUAUCUCAGACCUGAUAUUAAGAGAGGAAAGUUCAGUUUACAGGAAGAACAAACCAUCAUUCAACUCCAUGCUCUCUUAGGAAACAGGUGGUCGGCUAUAGCCACUCACUUGCCCAAAAGAACAGACAAUGAGAUCAAGAACUAUUGGAAUACCCAUCUCAAGAAAAGGCUGGCCAAGAUGGGUAUUGAUCCAGUAACCCACAAGCCCAAGAAUGAAACUCUUUUGUCCAGUGAUGGUCAGUCCAAGAAUGCGGCCAACCUUAGCCACAUGGCUCAGUGGGAGAGCGCUCGGCUCGAAGCCGAAGAAAGACUAGUGAGACAAUCUAAGCUACGUUCAAAUCCGCUUGGCUCGCUCGGCUUCACAUCGGCUUCAACCCCGGUGAACAAGACGGGAGCACCACCGGUGCCACCCCGGUGUCUUGACAUACUAAAAGCUUGGAAUGAUGUGUGGAAACCAAGUGAUCAAGCUAGUGGUAGUGGUGGUGGUGCUCAUGGUGGUGCCUUGAUUCCCGGGCUCGGUGGCGACCUCGAGUCGCCGACGUCAACACUUAGUUACUCAGAAAAUGCAACGGCGAUGCCAGCCACUGGAAUCGGAGAAAGCUCAACGGCUUUUAUUGAGUUUGUGGGGAAUUCGAGUUCUUGUGAGGGUCCAAUCAUGAAAGAAGAAGGUGAAGAGGAGUGGAAAGGGUUUGGAAAUAAUGUGUCUUUUACGUCGGGACUUAAUGAUAUGACGACGUGCAUGGAAAGUGCAUGGACACAUGAGUCUCUUAAGGCAGGUACUAAUUAUGAACAUGAGCAUGUUCACAGUGGAACUUUUGUGGAGAAGUUCACGGACCUUUUGCUAAACAAUUCCGGCGACCGGAGUUUGUCCGAUGGCAGCGGAGGAUCUGAUAGUGGCGGCGAUGGCAGCGGUGACGGUGGUGGUAGUGACUACUAUGAAGAUAACAAGAAUUACUGGAAUAGCAUUCUUAAUUUGGUCAAUUCCUCCCCUCCUGAUUCACCCAUGUUCUAAAACUGUCUCAUAAUCAAUUUUAUGUAGAACUCUCUCUCUCUCUCUCUCUCUCUCAUGUGAAUUAUUAAUAGUUAAUGCAAUGUUUCGUAUCAAUGAGGUGAAGUGGUACUAUUUCAUUCUCCUCUGCAGGCAAUAAUUCAACUCGUUUGAGCCAACUCAGUGAAUGUUUACGUAUAUAUUAUGUGUCAUAGUUUUUCUUUGUUUA